AUGAGUGAAGAAGUCGGCGUUGUAGACAUCUUCUAUCAUGAAGAUACUAAGGAGCUCGUGCUGGUUGAGAAAUUACCAGACUCUUACACUGUACUAACUAAACGAGUAAAUGAGGUCCCAAGUAAUGUAUCAAUUGUUUCGAAGUCUAAAGUUUCUAGCCAUCUUUUUGAAGGAAGGCUAGUUAUUUUAGACUCCACUACUUCUGGCACAGGAAGAAAAGACAAGACUGACGUCUAUAAGUCGAUUAUUUUACCAAUAUUUAAGGAGAUCUUGGAGUUAAAAUAUGAUUACAUCGCCACAGAGAAUCUGAAUUCAAUUGAGCAGUUUGCUAAGUCUUUAAAGGAUAGCAACGAGGACGUCACUGUCAUAUUUAUAAGUGGCGAUACUUCAAUUAGUGAGUUUAUCAAUGCUCUCCCUUCAAUUGAAGGAGGGCUUAAGUUGAUAGUAUUUCCUAUUCCCGCAGGUACGGGGAACAGUCUCGCCCUCUCUUUGAAUAUCUCAGACCCUUUAGAAGCAGUGAAGAAAAUUAUAUCUCAAGAUGCUAUAGACCCAUUGAACCUUUACGAGGUGGCUUUCCCCAACGGUUCGUAUCAUCUUUCAAAGAAUGAAAAGGUUGGCCUCAUUCAAGAUCCUUUAAAGUUUUUGGUAGUGUUGUCCUGGGGCUUCCAUGCCUCAUUGGUUGCCGACAGUGAUACUCCUGAAAUGAGAAAGCAUGGAAUUGAACGGUUCAAGCUUGCGGCCUACUCCAAUCUUUCCCAGGCGCAAAAUUAUGAAGGUCAAUAUUUCAUCAAUGAUCAAGUAUUUGAUGGUCCUUUUGCUUACUUAGUUUUCACAUCAGCUAAGAAAUUUGAACCCACCUUCGAGAUUCUGCCAAAGGGAGACAUCCUCGAUGAUAGUCUUUACAGUGUGUCUUUCAAAUAUGAAGAUGAGCCUGACGGCAAGUAUAUUUUGGAUAUUAUGGGCGAAGUUUAUGACAAAGGAAGGCAUGUUGAAGACAAAAGAGUAAACUAUGAGAAGAUUACUGUCGGAGAUAAGAUAACUUUGAAAACAAAAAACACCAUUUCGCCUAGGAAGAGAAGGUUUUGUUUAGAUGGGAGCAUUAUUCUUCUUCCCGAAGCUUCAGAACAGGAAUUGAGCAUAAAGCCGACAGGAAACCAACAUAGAGGUUGGCUCAUAUAUUUAUUACACUAA